AUGUAUAUCCCUCUGGUCCUCGCCGCCCUCCCAGCCCUAUCCCGCGCCACCUACCUGGACCCCUCACUGCAGCACCAGAAGCCGCUUGUGGAAGACGCGGCCCCCGCCUCCUCUGACAAUGCCCUUCUCCCGCUCGACUUGAACCAAGACUUAGACUACACCUUCCCCUCCCACCCCGCCUCGCACACCCCCCUGCACCGCCUCCAAAACUCCGCCGCAAUCCACGCAACACACCACAGCAACAACGUCAUCCGCAUCUCCAUCCCGCUCGACGUCUUCUCCUAUGCCGGCACCGUGACUUUCUCCGCACAGAGGCCCGCCGCCUUCACAUGGCUGUCGCAGAACCCCUGGAACCCCGCCAUGAACCACGUUCCGCUGGUGGAUGCGAGCGUGCGCAAGGGCGGCACCGUGGGCAUGCCUGUGGAAACAGCAACGCUGGAUCUCAGCACCCCGUUCCUCGAGCUGCCCACCGGCCUGUGGGACGUCCUUGUUCUGGCUACGCAGCCUGGGCGCGACGCGGAUGCGCGCGGGCUGAGCGUUGAAUGUGCGGCGAGAGAAAGGUUUCCCGAUCUGGUAUUUGGUGUGCGCACGGGUGAUGAGGAAGACGACGACGAGAGUGUCGCUGAGCUGGUGGUUACCCCCGCGCAGUAUGUGCUGCAGAGCGAAGACGGCAAAUGCACUCUUCUCGCCAGGGCGGCGGCGCACGGCGACGAGAGUGUAACGUUGGGAUGGGCGGCCUUCAGAGGGAGGCCUGUGGCCUUGGAUUGGGAGACGUCGCAGCUUGGAAUCGCCAUGUGAGGACUCGUAAGAGCUUCGACGUCCUUGAUACCAAUUCCACCCACGAGUACAUACGGCUUCAGUACUCGUCUUCUUACUACACAACACCCCCCCUGUUCACGCGAUGAGCAAAGGAUAUAGAAUAAUCAGCCUGUCUCAAUAGGCAUUUCAUUUCACACUGCAAUACCAUAGACAAUGGAAUAAAAUUAAU